UUAAAAACUUACAAAAAAGUUGGACCAUGAGAAUGGUUUUGUUUUAAUAAGUAAGAUUCCAGUGAUUAAAACCGACCUAUUUUUUAUACCCUUUUUUCUUUUGCCAUAAACAAUUUAUAUGAUGAUUAACAAGAUUUUAUUAACUAAAAAUGGGUCUUAAUUUGAAAAAUAAGAUUCAAAUAUGUAGUAAAUGGAUACUCAUUGGAUAUCUUAACAAUAAAAUUAAAGAAAAUUAGGAAAUUUAGAAAAGAAAGAUAAGUGUCUCAAGAUGAGAUAUAUUUAACUAUCACAACAAAUGUCUAUAUUAGUGGUUUUGUCGCUUAAAAUUUAUAUUUAACUAGAUGAUUAGAUUAUAUUAAAAUAUUAAUAUUUUUUAUUAAUAUCUCAAAUCUCUAGAAACACAAAGAUUUAUAAGAAUAAUUUUUCUUAUUGCUUUAGAAACUUUUCAAAAGUAAAGCUCUCAAUGUUUCUCUUAGAUCUUAUGGAAUAACACUUCAAGAUACCUAUAUUUUGAAAUAUAGGAUAUGAAAACACAAACCAAAUUUAAAAAAAAAAAUAUCUUUUUCUACUAUAGAUUUUUCUUUUUGUGUUUAUCUCCUAACAUAUUAAACACUUAUUAAUAUGUUAACUUUACACAAGUUUUGAAAUUAUCUAACAAUAUCAAGUUGUCUAGAAUUUUUUUUGAGAAAUUUGCCAAUGUGAUUGCUAUAAAAAAAGGUUAAAAACCGAAGGAAGAAAAGAAAAGGAAAUCUUAUAAAAUAAAUAACUUUCCUUACAAGGAACAUAUUUAUCUUCAUCUAUAUAAACACACACGUGUCUGUCGAUAUUCUCGAAAAGAAACUUCUCUUUCAAAGAUAUUUUCUUCUCUCUGCGUAACUCUGUUUCUACUCACAAACUAACCAUGGCUAAUCAAGCUGAUUCAUCUGAUUCGAAGGGGACGAAGAAAGAUUUUAGCACCGCGAUUCUGGAGAGGAAGAAGGCGGCAAAUCGUUUGGUGGUGGAUGAGGCCAUCAACGAUGACAACUCCAUCGUGUCUCUACACCCUGACACCAUGGAGAAGCUACAGCUCUUCCGUGGAGAAGUCGUGUUAAUCAAGGGAAAGAAGAGGAAGGAUACUGUGUGUAUUGCUUUAGCUGAUGAUACAUGUGCGGAGCCAAAGAUUAGGAUGAACAAGGUUGUUAGGUCUAACCUUAGGGUUAGGCUUGGAGAUGUUAUAUCUCUCCACCAGUGCCCUGAUGUCAAGUAUGGGAAUCGUGUUCACGUCUUGCCCAUUGAUGAUACUAUUGAAGGAGUUACUGGCAAUAUAUUUGAUGCAUACCUUAAGCCUUAUUUCUUGGAGGCAUACCGCCCGGUAAGGAAGGGUGAUCUUUUCUUAGUUAGGGGAGGGAUGAGAAGCAUUGAGUUCAAGGUUAUUGAGACCGAUCCUGCUGAGUACUGUAUUGUGGCUCCGGAUACAGAUAUAUUCUGUGAAGGUGAACCGAUAAAGAGAGAGGAUGAGGAGAGGUUGGAUGAGGUUGGUUACGAUGAUGUUGGUGGUGUUAGGAAACAAAUGGCUCAGAUUAGAGAACUUGUUGAGCUUCCUUUGAGGCAUCCACAGCUCUUUAAGUCCAUUGGUGUUAAACCUCCCAAGGGAAUCUUGCUCUAUGGCCCUCCUGGCACUGGGAAGACACUACUUGCUCGUGCUGUUGCUAACGAGACUGGUGCGUUUUUCUUGUGUAUCAAUGGUCCUGAGAUCAUGUCCAAGAUGGCCGGUGAGAGUGAGAGCAACCUUAGGAAAGCGUUUAAGGAGGCUGAGAAGAAUGCGCCUUCGAUUAUAUUCAUUGAUGAGAUUGAUUCCAUUGCUCCAAAGAGAGAUAAGACGAACGGUGAGGUUGAGAGACGGAUUGUUUCUCAGCUCUUGACGCUUAUGGAUGGCCUUAAAGCUAGAGCUCAUGUGAUUGUUAUGGGGGCGACCAACAGGCCUAACAGCAUUGACUCGGCUUUGAGAAGGUUUGGACGUUUUGACAGGGAGAUUGAUAUUGGUGUUCCUGAUGAGAUUGGUCGUCUUGAGGUUCUCAGGAUUCAUACCAAGAACAUGAAGCUUGCUGAAGACGUUGAUUUGGAAAGAGCAUCCAAAGACACACACGGGUACGUUGGUGCGGAUCUUGCAGCGUUAUGCACUGAAGCUGCUCUCCAGUGCAUCAGAGGGAAAAUGGAUGUGAUUGACAUAGAAGACGAAGAGAUAGAUGCUGAAAUUCUCAAUUCUAUGGCUGUGACUAAUGAGCAUUACCUGACAGCCCUUGGUAACAGCAAUCCUUCUGCUCUACGUGAAACGGUUGUUGAGGUGCCUAAUGUUUCUUGGGUGGACAUUGGUGGUCUUGAGAAUGUCAAGAGGGAACUCCAAGAGACUGUUCAAUAUCCAGUGGAGCACCCUGACAAGUUCGAGAAGUUUGGUAUGUCACCAUCUAAAGGAGUCCUUUUCUACGGUCCUCCCGGUUGUGGGAAGACCCUUUUAGCCAAGGCCAUCGCCAACGAGUGCCAAGCCAACUUCAUCAGCAUCAAAGGUCCGGAGCUCCUCACAAUGUGGUUUGGAGAGAGUGAAGCCAACGUCAGAGAGAUAUUCGACAAAGCACGCCAGUCCGCUCCUUGUGUUCUUUUCUUUGAUGAGCUCGACUCCAUCGCCACUCAGAGAGGGAACAGCGUUGGAGACGCAGGUGGUGCAGCAGACAGGGUGUUGAACCAGCUUCUUACGGAGAUGGAUGGUAUGUCUGCUAAGAAGACUGUCUUUAUCAUCGGAGCAACGAACAGACCAGAUAUCAUUGACCCUGCGCUUCUUCGUCCUGGUCGUCUUGAUCAGCUCAUCUACAUUCCUCUCCCUGAUGAGGAGUCUCGUUACCAGAUCUUUAAGUCUUGCUUGAGGAAAUCUCCGGUUGCUAAAGAUGUUGACUUGAGGGCGCUUGCUAAAUACACUCGAGGCUUUAGUGGUGCGGACAUCACAGAGAUUUGCCAGCGUUCUUGCAAGUACGCGAUCAGAGAGAACAUCGAGAAGGAUAUUGAGAAGGAGAGGAAGAGAGCAGAGGCACCAGAAGCAAUGGAAGAGGAUGAGGAGGAGAUUGCAGAGAUCAAGGCUGGCCACUUUGAGGAAUCAAUGAAGUACGCGAGGAGAUCAGUGAGUGAUGCAGACAUUCGCAAGUACCAAGCAUUUGCUCAGACUCUCCAACAGUCUCGUGGGAUUGGAAGUGAGUUUAGGUUCCCUGAAGCGACAGGGACUGGAGCCACCGCCACCACUGCUGGUGGAGCUGACCCGUUUGCUAAUGCGGGAGGAGUAGCCGAGGACGAUGACCUCUAUAGUUAAAUACAUAUGAUUGAUCACAGACAGUCUCUUGUCGUCUGUACAUUGUUCUCCUGAUAAACCUUUUCACUGGUUUUUGUUGGUUUUUUAUUUAGUGUUUUUGUAUAUAAAUAAUUAGUGAGAAUCUAUUAUAUCAUAUGAAUUAAUGAUGACAUAAUUACAGAUAAA